AUGAUAAAGAAAUUCAAGAAACUAUUUCAGAGUCAAUCGGAGUUCCAAAGCUUUUUAACUAAAUCAAGUUUGUCCAGAGAUAAUUUUGUAUUUAAACAGGAGGAUGUGGAAAUUUUGAUUCCGUUUCUAACUGAUGAAUAAAAUAUUAUAGAUUUUUUCAAGGUUUAUUUAGAUGGAAGUUUGCAAAUAUAUACGGUGAAAAUGAAGAUGUUAAUCACAAUCCACUAAGUAUUGAACAUUAGUGAGGAAUUCGCCCAACACUUCUCAAAGAUUAAUUUUGCAUAUUUCAAUAAACCGAUAUCAAAGCCUUAAACCUUUGUUUUCAAGUAAAUACCAAAUGAGGUGUGGCUGCUCGAUAAUAUCCAGAUUCCGUUCCUGCAAUAUCUGUAGAAGCUAGCAUUGAAUGUCCAAGAAAUAAAGGCCUAUAGAAAUAAUAAUCCCAGAAAGUAAAUCCUGCAAUCGAAUCUGGUGAUAGAGUGUUUCAAAUUGGAGAAUCUGGUUAACCAAGGCUUAUCGCUUGUUCCUCAACUGAAGACUGCCUUAUCUAAUUUCCCCCAUGACUUUCUUCUCAAAAAACUAGCCUGUAAUCUUUAUAGUGAAUUGAGACAAUUUCAAAGGCAAUUGAUAAACUCUCUUUCUGCCCUAUUAGACACCAACUCCAGAGCCUCCAACAUAGAGAUAUUCGAGUUCUUUAGAGAAGUGUAAAUGAUAGAGAAGAAAACCAUGUCUUAUUAUCUGUUGCAUAAAUUGUUUGAUCCAGCCAGGAAGUUGAUGCCACCUUUGCAGUUGAAGAUCGAUCUGAAGAGUGCGAAACAUCUCGAACAACAGGCACAGCAUGAACAGCAGAGGAUUACUCAAUAGAGGUAAUUGAGGAGUCAGAGAAAUUCUCGAUCCAAUAGCACUGAUCAGCAACAACCAGCAUCUCAAGGGUUUAUUAGUUAGAGAGAGAGACGAUUCAUGAUGUACAGCAGAGCCAAGAAACAGGAUACAAUACAGGAGGACAUUGAGAUGCCAACAGAAGAACAACAACCAGCAUCUGAAUAGAAGAAGAGUUGUUAGAAUAUGAAGAUUGUUCAAGAUGAUGGAAAUAAUAUACAAGAAAUUAAAAUUGAAAAUAUAGAAGUACAAAAAAUUGAUAAUUUUGAAUUAAAUGAAUAUCCAAACCAAUUUGUUGUCUCCCAAAAUAAUAGUUAAGUGGAACCACAGGAAAAUGGCAAUGAAAUAAAUGAAAAAAUUAGUUAAAAAGAAACGAAUGAUUUAGGUAAAAACUAAGAAAGUACUAGCUAAGCAGAUCAAGAAGAAAAUUAAGACAUUUGA